UUUCUUUUCUUUCACUAAAUUACAAAUACAUGGCCGUCAGUUCAGUUUGUUGUUGUUUCACCGUUUUGAUUUAAGUGGAUGUUGUCAGUAUAACCUAGUCACUGGCUCUCAAGGCGAUAAUUUCUACAAGUCUUUCAUUCGCACCGGCCGAGGUGCAAUGACUUCUGGGCCACCGAUCAUAAGAAAUAAGCAUGAAAAUACCGGGGAGGCGGUUUUGAAUUAUAUUGCCGAAGACUUUAAACAUACCACGGGUUGCGAACAGCUUAACAUAUCAAUUGAAAGCGGUCAUGUGAGUUUAUUUCUACCUUUACAACAUUACAAAAUGACGUCAAACAAAGAUAAGACCGAUUUGAAACUGGAAUCUUCAGCCCUUUUGCGCCUCCCACCUUGGGAUCGUCUCCAAGUUCGGCAGGAACCUCCUCUGAAUGCCUGGUUACGAUAAAUGGAUGCAGCUCAAAGAAGGCAGCGGGUGUCUUAUUCAAAAUGAAUUUUUUUAUUUCUUCCGAGCAUUGAUUACAAUGUAAUGUGCUGAUGCCGACCGACACAACAAACAUGACAGCUGCAGAAGACACAUCCAUUCUAAAGACACUUCUGGAAAAAUGUGACUUGAAAAUCGCUUGCUCCACAUGUGCCAGUAAAGAGAAUGAAAUAACAUAUUUGCUGAGAAGCAUUGAGCAUCAGUGUCAUGGCAAUAUACUCUUAGCCAAGGCUGACAGCGGCAAAAAAUGGAGAUGUAUCUCCCGUCGGCCUCAGUUUCCAAACCCCAGCAAAUACUUUGUGUGCUAUUUUUUUGUGGAAGGCCUUGGAUGCACCAGACACCAGAAUCGGUGUACCUUCGCCACAAGUAAUGAAGAGGUCAUGGUGUGGAACUUUCAAAAGCGCAACAAAUUGGACCACAGCACUCUGAUAAGACUUUUGGCCUGUCGUGAAGGUGACACCCAAAAGCGGGCCGACGCGGCCAGGGAAAUCCUGGCCGAGUUUGGCGGGGACUUCCGGGAGCUCUGCGAGGCUUGUUUUCGCGGCUGCCCCCAGAGGAUUGCGGGCAAAAGGUGGAACAACACGUGCACUGGGGAGGCAGCGCACAGCUGGAGUCCCAUUUUAAUCCACUGCCUGGAAGAGCAGAGCAAGAAGGUUUAUAAUGAGAUCCGCCGCAGGUCCCUCUACGGAUUUCAGAUCUGUGCCCAUGUUGCUCGUGGGUCUCCUUGUUGGCACAGGUUCAGCAGCUGCCCGUUCGCACACAGUGAAGUGGAGAUGGCUGUUUGGAAGGAAGAGGUCACAGGCGAGUUGCACCGGGAGGACCUCAUCUUGCUGUCCCAAAGGAAUCAGCUGUCAGACACAAGCUCAGCAGCUAAGCCCAGUCCUGGCUUGCAAUACUACUGCAAAGCCUGCCUUCUGACUGUCUCCUCCCAGGAGAGCUUCGUUAAGCAUUGUGCCUCCCUUGAGCACACCAGGAUGAUCACUGAGGACUUCACCACAGAAUGGAAGCACCGACCUCCCCCUCAGAAUUGCAAACCGGAACUUUGCGACAGGCCUAAGACGUGCGACUAUGGCCAUAACUGCACACGGGCGCAUUCCACGGAGGAACUGAGUGAAUGGAUCAUGCGGCAUAAGGAGGCAGAGGAGAUCAGGAGCAGUGCAGGAGCACAGGGGCUGAUGUCUUACAGUGAGCUUCUCCUGCAGGAGUACAGGAACAGCAGUAAUGAAGUGCACAUUAUCUCAGAUUACGUUGAUGAUGUCAUUGUUACACAUGAUAAGGAUUUGAGUUUGGAGUGUGAGAAGACUGGAACUCAGUUAAAGUGGAUUUUUCAGAUAAAAACCGAGCGAUUACUUCGGCAUAUUGCGCUUCUGAAACAGGAACCGGGAUCUACAUUUUCUCUGGGUGAAAUCAGUCCAGAGGGUCCUCACAUUUAUGCGACAGGAGAGAAAUUUUGUACUUCAGAUAUGUCCUUUGAGGUUCCAGUGUACUUUACCUCCAUUAACCCAGGUCUGUAUGAACAGUGGCUGGUGUUCGACUUCAAUAUGAGGCCAGUGCUCUUACAGAAGCUUCAGGUGAGGGUGGGAGAGCAGAUGCUCCCUUUACCAGAGGAGAUGCCCACAAGUGUAAGGCCCCUCCCCCAGGAUUUGGAGAGAUGGCACCGGGGAAACAGAUUCAUCAUUCCCAGUACAGAAAAAAAGGAGGAAGAAGAGGAGCUCCUGAAGGAGUACAAGCCUCCUCACAUGAACUUGCAGUUCAACCCCAAAGCUGAAGACCGUAGUUCCUUAACCCACCAGAACUACAGAGAGCGAAUGCACAACUUCCUCUACAGAGAGGAGCUGGCACUAGAAGAAGUGGUGUCCAGGUUAAGCCUGCGAACAACCAUCUCCCUGGCUGACAAGAUCUAUGGAGAUGGAUUUGGGAUGAAAUUUGCUCCAGCUGGGGAGCUUUUCACUGAAGUGCCUGUUCAUUUCUCACUGACGCCUGACACCCCGGAGGGCUACGUGCUAAGGAGAUCGGUCUCUUCAGCCCUGGUGGCCCCCGCAUCAGCAGCCAAUCAGAACAAUCAGGUCUACGAGGCGGACAUCGUUCGAGAUGCCAGCAGUGAGAACAUGAUGUGUCUGCGGCUCUCCAAAAGAUGCUGCCAUGACAUGGGGCUCGAGAACAACAUGACCUGUGACAUGGAGGUUCAGUUUCAGAUCAGUCGUCUUCCUCUCUGCGAGAUGCACGAAGCCGUCGACCUCCUUCCAGAAGUUGAGAUGGUUCUGCCAGACAUGAGCCAGUGCUGUGUUCCAGUGCACGCAGUGGAGUACCCAAGGCUUAAUGCAAAGCAGCAAGCAGCCAUGUCCUUCAUCCUUGGCGAAUCGGAUGGAAGAAGAAGCGUCGCACCUCUCCUCAUAUACGGACCCUUUGGAACAGGGAAAACUUACACUCUGGCCACAGCAGCGAAGGAGUUGGUACGUCAGCCUGGAACCAGAGUCCUAAUUUGCACUCACACAAAUAGUUCUGCAGAUUUGUACGUGAAAGAUCAUUUCCACCUCUAUGUCAAUGCUGGAAAUCCUCAGGCUCGACCUCUCAGGGUAAAAGCCAACAAGAAAGGGGUGGUUACCGGUGCAACAGAUGACAUUACGGUACAAUACUGUCACCUUUCCACGGAUGGUCAGUUUCAGUUUCCUGACAAGGCUACAGUAGACAAAUUCAAAAUAGUCAUAACCACAGCUGCAAUGGCCAGAUUUUUCCAUGGUCUGAAGCUGCCAUCAGGUUACUUCAGUCACAUCCUGAUCGAUGAAGCUUCUCAGAUGUUGGAAUGUGAAGCUUUGAUGCCCCUGAGCCUGGCGGGAAAAGGAACACGGGUGGUUCUGGCUGGAGACCACAUGCAGAUGGGUCCGAGGCUCUUCUCCGUGCCAGAUGGCCGAUGCUGUGCUCAGACACUCCUUAAUCACCUGUUCCGUUACUACCAGGAAGAAAAGAAUUUAACAGCUUCGAGAAGCAGAAUCAUCUUCAACGAAAACUACCGCUCCACUAAGGAAAUAGUGGACUUUGUGUCCACUUACUUCUACGUUGGUAAGAGCGAUGUCAUCAAGGCCAGUGGGGCAGUGCCUCCGCACCCCCAGCACCAUCCUCUGAGGUUCCAGCACAUUCGUGGCCAGUGCCACUUGGACUCGACGACCAUGUCCUGGUUUAAUCCAGAUGAGAUCACAAGUGUUGUGCAAGUUGUCAAAUCCGUACUGGAAGAAUGGCCCCUGGAGUGGGGAAAUCGGGAUCAAAGAUCAAUAUGCGUCCUUUCUGAAGGAUGUCAGGUUCCUCUGAUCAGGAAAGCACUGCGAAGGACGAACCUCUCCAGGGUAACUGUGGAGAAUUUGGAAAAUGUUCAAGGCAAACAGUUCCGGGUAGUAGUGAUGACCUCCGUUCACACACGAGACAGCCUGCUCUCAUCUGACUCUGCUUACCUGGAUUUCUUCAAUGAUGCCCGAGUGCUGAAUACGGCCAUGACCAGAGCUCAGUCUCAGGUCAUUGUGGUCGGAGAUGCUGUGGCCCUUUGCAUGUUUGGGAGGUGCUCGAAGAUCUGGAAAAGCUACAUUGGCCAAUGUAUUGGGAAGGGAAGCGUGCAGCCACCACAUCUAACUGUAAACGUCAUUGAACAAGAAGUCUGGGAAAUCUCAAGAUUUCAAAGGGUUGUGAAUGAGUGUGACGCCGAUGUUGAAUAUUCAGCAGAAGAGCCAAAUGUGGAUGAGAUACUUCAAGAGCUAACAGAAGAUCACAGCAUUACACAGGCUGGAGCACUAGUUGGGGAUCAUCCUGAUGGAGAGGAACAGGAGAAUUUCAGUGUUCGACAUAAGACAUUUUACUAUGAAACUGAGAAAAACACAUUAUUGGAAAUGGUGGCACAACAGCCUGCACUCUACAAGCGUGGUGAAUUGGUGCUGGAAUAUUUUGACAGAGGGUAUGUCAUACCAUUUGUCAACCCUUCCACCCACAUCAUCAUUAAAGGCAAAAAGAACAUAGGAAAGUCCUUUUCUGGAGAUGAGGUGGUUGUGGAAACAUACAUAGAAAACGGUCACCAUUUUGGGAAAGUGCUGGGCGUCACCAAGAGAACUGAAGCUUCUCGGGUAUUCGUGUGUACCUUAGAGGAUAGCCACAACAAGAAGAACCCUAUGACUGACAAGGUCACCAAGGUAUUGGUGCCAAUAAAUCACGAUUCAACCAAAAUUCGAAUUCUGGUCAGCAAAAAGAACCCAAACUCGAUACCUAUAUGGAGUUCAGACAAUGGCAACUGGAACAUAAUGAAGUGGGAAUACUUCAAUGAAAAGACAAAGCAUGAUCAUGUCUUUGUUGUGGAAGUGAUAGACUGGAAGGAAAAUAAUAUAUUUCCCUUGGGCCGUGUCACUGAUAUUCAACCCAUUGGAAAGUCUUUGCAUGCAGCACUGAACAUUCUUGACAAAGAAUUUAGACUGGUCUCUCAAUCCCAUAAUAUUCUGACUGCAGCCCAGGUCUGUGCCGACACUGAAAAGGAAGAAAUACCUAGAAAGAACCUUCAGGACAUAGUAACUUUUACAGUUGACCCAGAACGUGCCAAGGUACUGGAUGAUGCAAUUAGUGUGCAGGUUUUAAAUAACUGCUAUGAACUAGGAGUGCAUAUCACAGAUGUAGCAAGCCUUGUGAGCCCAGGUAGUCCCUUAGAUCUGGAAGCACAAAAGAUGGGAGCUACAUUUUAUGCAUCCAAUGAAGAGCGACGAUUCAUGCUCCCCGAACCCUUCAGCAUUCACAAAUGCAGCUUUCUUCCAGGGCAGGAUCGUCGAGCAAUUUCUUUAAUUAUCAAAGUUGAAAAAGAAACAUAUAGGAUUGUUGAGCAUAAAUUUGUGUUAUCUCGAAUAAGGUCAAAUCGUCAGCUGUCUUAUGAAGAAGCUGAGGACAUCAUUGAAGGAACUGAGGAUCCGUUGAAGGAUUAUGUUGCCAUAGCUUAUCACUUUUCCAAGGCCCACAGAAAAGCCCGACUUCAGGAAGACUGGUGCUGUGCCCAAACUGAUGACUGCCGGCCAAUAGGAAGAAGAAAAUCACAUCAGAUGAUUGAAGAACUCAUGAUAAUGUUCAAUAGCUGUGUGUCUGAAUUUUUGAUUGAUUUAAGUGAAACACAUAUGUGUACACCCCUGAGAUGCCAGGAGAAGCUAACAGUGGAAAAUGUAAGAGCACUUCAAGAGAAGUAUCAAGAUCUCAUACCAUUAUCUACCCAUCUGAGAUACCACAUUGGAUCCCAUUGUAACCAGUCAGAGAAUGAAAGCUUCUGCAUAUUAACUUCAUUAUGGAUGGAGCUUCAGUCUGCUGCUGAGAUGGAAAAAUCUGACAAAGUAGUUGACCUGAUUGCCACGGACAGCAUCCACCCACAUCUUCACCCUGCAAUAUCAGAGCUGAGGAAUUUGCUUGGUAAAUCAUAUGUCGUCCGUUCUAACACAGCCCUCAAAUCGAAAGUUGGCCACUACACUCUGCAGCUCAACUCCUAUACAUGGGCAUCAUCACCUCUUCGUCGCUACUUGGAUAUAAUUAUCCAAAGACUUCUCCAUGGGGCACUCACUAAAACUCCAAUCCAAUACUCCACACAAGAGAUUGACAUCUUGUGUCAGCAGUUUGAGAACAAAAACAGAAAGGCAAAUGCCUACAAAAAGAAAGCUAAAGAACUCUCGUUUGCCAUCAACCUAAGGCAGCAGAAUUCUCAGAAGCUGGCAUUUGUCAGUACUGUAGACCCAGACGGAGACAGUUUCCGGUUAUCAUUUCCAUUUAAUAAUGACUUACCAGACUCUCUGCCUGUUCUGUACAGAGAUUUGCAACUUGAAGACCAACCAGUGUUUGACAAAGAAAAAAGACAUAUGACACUGGCAUGGAAAAAGCGCAUCUACUCCAUUUCCACCACCAGCAACAUCUUGGAACUUAAAAGUUUCCAGCGGUGCAAUCCAUGCACUAGUGUCCCACAGAAGGCUUGGCUGAACCUUGUUGAAGCUGUGAGAAUGGAGGACUGGAAUAUGGUGACUGAUAUUUUAAUGAACACAAUUACAGAACCCAUGAAGGAGAGUUCUGAAGCAGGGAAUAAAGAGAAGCACUUUGUUAGUCUUGCUUUCAACUUGAAGCCUGGAGAUAUCAUUGAAGUACAAAUGACAAGCGAACAAAAGCAAGGCUUUUUGAUACCUACUGUUCAGAUGCUCAACGUUAACGCAGAUUUUGAGGUGUGUCUUGAACACACUCACGACCCAGUCUUGUGUUUCUCUACAUGUGCAGAGGAUGCAACCAAAUCCACGUAUGACACUGUGGAGGAAUAUGUGAAGAUCUGGAAACCGCUUUGUGAAAUGGAGUCUGCAGCUAACGCCGUGGAUGAAAGUGAUAGUAUAAUCAUUGAAGAUGUGGAACUAACAUGGAAGCAGGGAGCCAGAUUUGAAGGAAGCUUCUUCUUGCCCAUGGACUGUAUAAAAGAUUGGGCUAUUGAAUGCAGUCUGGCAAGGUGCUACUUGUGUAUUCGAAAAAGAAACAUAGGACAUGACAGUAGUGUUAACUGCUCAGAAAUCAAUGUAGAAGUAGACCCCAAAAAAUUUACUUGGGUAGCCCAUGGAGUUACGGAGAGAGAGUGGGAAAUCAAGAAGAAUCAAGUUAAGGAAGUGGAAUUCUUCAUCAAUCAUAUGUCAAUGAAUACCAAACCACAAUGUGUGUUUCAAGAGAACACAAAGUUCACAGUUGAGCUGAUACCAAAGCCUCUCCCUAACAUACGCCAAGAGAGUGCCAUCAACAACCUUUGGAGAGCAAAUGAACUUGUUCAGAAAAUAGCACUGGGGAAAAACAUACCAAGACCAGAUUCACAAUCCAGUCUCCAAAGAUGGGAAAUGAUCCGAUUGCAGCCUUCAGGACUCCCACAACUGAAUGAGAGCCAACGCAAUGCAAUAGAAAAAGCCUUGACAAAUAGCUUUACACUGAUACAAGGGCCUCCAGGCACAGGGAAAACAGUGGUGGGAGCCUACAUUGUGUACUGGUUUCUUGAGCUGAACUCCAGAAUGCCAAGACAUUUUCAGGACCCUGUGGAAGGAGCCAAGACAGAGGUCAUUCUCUACUGUGGGCCAUCCAAUAAGUCCGUUGAUGUGGUUGCUGAGUACUUGAUGAAGUUUGAGAAGAAGCUGAAGGUGCUGAGGGUGUACAGCCGGCAGAUAGAGAUGCUGGAGUACCCCUACCCAGGAAGCACCAUUCAGUUGUCCCGGAGGUCUCUGCGGCAGGAGCACUCCAAGCCGGAGCUCAGACUUAUUUCUUUGCAUCACCGGAUAAGGGGGACAGAGAACCCAUUUUCAAGUCAAAUACGAGACUUUGAUGAGAGAAUACGAUUAAAGAAACAGCUGACGGAUGACGAGGUUGAAGAAUACAAGAAGCUUCUAAAUGAAGCACGACUUCACGAGCUGCAGAAACACAAGGUCAUCCUGUGCACCUGCACGGCUGCCUCCACGCCAAACAUCACCAAAUCCGUCAGCGUGCGGCAGAUCCUUAUUGACGAAAGCGCCAUGGCAACCGAGCCCCAGACCCUCGUCCCGCUGGUUAGCCACAAACCCGAAAAGAUUGUGUUAAUUGGUGACCACAAACAGCUCCGCCCCAUUGUCAAGAAUUUACAAGUGCGAAAUCGGGGCAUGGCAAAAUCCUUGUUUGAGCGAUAUUUUAAGCAAACAAACAGAACAGUAAUGCUGAACACGCAGUACAGAAUGCAUGAGGAUAUUUGUAAAUUUCCAUCUACGGAAUCCUACGAUGGACAACUGAAGACCGAAGUGAACUGUCCACCCAGCGUCCUGCAAAGCAGAAACUGUAGAAGGACCCAUAUACUAUUUGGAGACAUAUCUGGACAAGAAAUCAGCCUGAUAGUGACCACAGAAAAGGGAAAUGAAAACUCCAAAGCCAACAGGGGGGAGCGUGACAAAGCUGUGCACAUUGCAGAGUCACUGGUAAACAGGUGUAAAAUCCGUCAGGAGGACAUUGCCGUCCUGUCGCCGUACAAUGCCCAAGUGGCUGAGAUCAAAAAACAACUUACUAGGAUGAAUUUGGAUCAGAUUACCGUGUGUACCAUCACAAAAAGCCAAGGAAGUGAAUGGCGUUAUGUCAUCCUUUCCACCGUGCGUUCCUGCCCUAGUGCCAAGAUCGAGAAAGACCCAAGCAGGGCAUGGCUUUCAAAAAACGUGGGCUUCGUCGGGGACCCCAACCAGGUUAACGUGGGCAUCACCAGAGCUCGGGAGGGCCUCUGCAUCAUUGGUAACCAGAAGCUGCUGCGGUGCUCUCAGAUCUGGAAACGACUGCUGGACCAUUACACGGCUAACAACUGUGUGGUCAGGGCCACGGAGAUCACAGUCCACACAGCUGCCUAGAGCCAAGGUUGUGGAACUUGCUGUGAGCCUGCCUUUGCAGAGAUUUUCCAGCUUAGGUAUCUGGAAGGCAGGGAUUAAAGUGGGUUAGAUCAUGGCACGGCAUGGUGGUGCAGUGGUUAACACUGUUGCCUCACACCUCUGGGACCCGGGUUCGAGUCUCCGCCUGGGUCACAUGUGUGCGGAGUUUGCAUGUUCUCCCCAUGUCGUUGUGGGGUUUCCUCCGGGUACUCCGGUUUCCCCCCACAGUCCAAAGACAUGCUGCAGCUAAUUGGAGUUACUAAAUUGCCCGUAGGUGUGUGUGUGAGUGACUGGUGUGUGAGUGUGCCCUGCGAUGGGCUGGCCCCCCAUCCUGGGUUGUUCCCUGCCUCGUGCCCAUUGCUUCCAGGAUAGGCUCCGGACCCCCCGCGACCCAGUAGGAUAAGCGGUUUAAAAAAUGCAUGGAUGGAUGGAUCACCACGUGAUCCAUGCUCUCCAAUCUCGAUCUUGGCAUUAAACAAGUGGCACUUUUGUUUAAUGAAUAAAUAAAUCUGAUUGGCAGUUUCAUACAUAAUACUUUCAAGCAAGUUUGUUUUUCUCGUGCUGCAGUCUGGCCUCCCAGCUGAUGCCACCUGGAUACUCGGCAACAAAUCAGAAAGUAAAAUCUCCCAACAGCCCCGCGCCCUCACUUAACAAACAUCCUUUGUGUUGCGUUCUCAUCCAUUCCCUUCAAUAUGUUCAUGGUAAACUUGUGAUAGCAGUACUUGCUACACAAGGGGAUCCAGGAUAGAAAUUAACGUAACAUUUCAACAGAGCUCAACAAAUUUCACCAAACAAACAAGGUAUUUUAUGUGCGACUUGACUAUCGCCUUGCUAGGUACCAGAAUGAUAGCUGGCACUCUGGUUAGCACUUUGGCUAGCUUAGCUAGACUGACAUUGAGUCCUGAGACCCUCAAGGAGGCGGAGCUAGCACGAGGGGUGGGAGUGGCAGUUGGGGAUCCCCUACGCAGGCCCCUCCUCCUCUGCUUUGUCUGCGACAGCCACGAAAAUAGCCAGUUUCUGCCGUACCAAGACAUUGGUUCAGUAUUUGAAGUUAAUAGCAUCUGUCGCACACCCCUGGCAUUUCCAGACUUCUUUACUAGCAGAUUUUUAUUUAUUUUUGAGUCUUUGCAUGUUCUGUGUGUCCAUUCAUAACACAAAUGGUGUAUAACUGUUCCAAUAACUCUAAAGCAACAUGAGACAGAGAAAUGUAGUAAAGUGUACUUUGAACAGUUGGCUGUGGGUGACUAUGCACGCCGCUUGGAUUUUAAGAUUACUGACGAUGUUUUUCCGAUUUUAAGAUUUCCAUACGUUGGAAUAAAUCAAUAAGCAAACGUCUCCCCCCACUCAAAUACCAGUCCUGCUGGUAGACUUAAACCAGCAAAUUAACAUUGUCACGUUCCUCCGUCCAGUCCUCUCAUGUGCCACGCCCACCUCGUUACCCUCGUAUGUACUCCCAACGUACCAGCUGUCCUGCGUGCAUUCUGAUGUCAUGUCCUUAUUUAAGUCCGCGUUCAGUCUGUCUUGUUAGAUCUGUCAUUAAUGUUUGUACCGUGUGGUUACCUGUCUGUCCCAAUGAACCCCGUCCUGUGGAUUGCCGUCUCCCCGAUCCUGCUUCCCCGCACCCUGCUCGCUCGCUCGCUCGCCCGUGAGACGCAUCAUCACAGGCAUCGCCUGCUAAAUAGGCUCCCUCAGACCGGAAGCCCAGCCAGAGUUCUGAAUGCUGGUUUCCUGACAAGCUGUUUCCUGCUCGCUGUCAUGAAAUGUGUCAGUUAAGACACAUUUUUUCUCUGGAAAAUUUCAAGAAAAAAAAAUAUUUUACUAAUGUGAAGUUUUCAUAAUAUUACAAACAAAUAUAACAAAAUUUCAUAAUAAGUUUUAUUUUUAAACUAAUGCUUUAAGCUUGAUGUACUGAAAAGUCACCUCAUAAUGUGAUUAUAUAUAUAAAUGUGUAUAUAUAUAUAUAUAUAUAUAUAUAUAUAUAUAUAUAUAUUGUAUUACAAGCUCCAACACAAUUUCAGUUUUUAACAUGUUGUUCACAUGGAAAAUAAUUUUUUAAAUAUCCAUUUCUUAUGAGUUAAGCCUUACAAAUACAUAUAUAUAUACAGAGCGAUAUUUUUUUAUUUUAAUGUCACAUAUCAACAAUUAAAGUGAUUUUUGUAAGUCUAUUCUAGCCUUAAUAUUUAAUUACAAAUUACUUAAAUGAAAGAAUGAAGAUUUUAAAUAUUACUUUUUAAAUUGUAUUUUUAUCACUCAAGGUGUGUUUUUGUGUAGUUUUAGGUUUUAUACAAUAUUCAAUGUUUUUAAAUUUUAUUGAAAUAUUGUACACGAUGGAAUAUGACCAAAUAGCAAUUUAUAUGAGUAAAAUGUGUUUAGAAUACAAUUUGGGUAAUAUAUACGGUUUUUGUCUUUUGUGAGUUUAUGUAUUUUUACAAAUAUUAAAGUAAAUAUUACGUGC